AUGCCAUUGGUCUCCAAACCAAACAACGUCCCCCCUCAACCUCAACAACCACAACCACAGCCACCACCCCAUGGAUCAUCAUCAGUCCGAACUUCAAUCCGUGACUUCUCCUCACAAUGGUUCCUCACUCCCCAAGGAACAGCAAUAACAGCCACAGUCCUCCACCAACUAGACUACCGCUUCCCGGGCCUCAUAAUAAUAGCCUACACCUUCUGGGCAACCUCCAUCCUCCUCCUGCUGCUCAUGCUAACCCUCUACGCCGCCCGCCUAACCCUCCACCGGACACACACCAUCCGCGCCCUCAAACACGACGACGCAGAACUCGCAGGCCUCGCAAGCAUCUCCAUAACCUUCACCUCCGUAACCCAAACAGCCUCCCUCGCCCUCGCCCCCGACAGCGGUAACAAUAACACCGGAGGACCCUGGAGCGCAACAGUCCACAUCCUAUGGUGGAUCUCCUUCGCCCUCGCAACAAUAACCAUUCUCAUCCUCCCCUUCAUCUCCAUCAAAGUCUACCCACCAGGCGUAGCCCACCUCUCGCCCUCGACCCAGCUAGCACUCACAGCAGCACUCACAGCCGCAGCAGCAGGCGGGACCCUCUGCACAUCAGCGGCGAACCUCACCAGCACCCAACAGGUCCCCAUCAUCGUCGCGCGGCUGCUAGGGAACAACGAACCUCCCAAGGAGAAGGCCUUUCAGGACAUGAUCCUCUGCGAACCGUGGGGCCAGGCAAGUUACGCGCUGCAGAUACUGGGACAGGCUGUCAUCGGCGGCAGCUUCGCUUCGUAUACGGGUAGCGGCGCCCUUUUCUCCGCGGAUGCCGCUGCCGCUCCGGUGGGCUACCCGAGUAUCUUUGCCGGUCUCGUAGCCUGGGGUCUGGGGACGUACUGGUGGCUCUUUGCCAUCCUAGGCGUCUUUCGCGCCUUCUUUGCAGGGGGAUGGAAGCCGAAUCGGAUCCCGUAUACUCUUGCUGGAUGGGCCAUGGUUUUCCCAUGGGGCGUCUACACCAAUGCGGUACUUCAGUUGGGUAAGAUUUUCGGAUCCCGAGCCUUCAAGAUGUGGUCUACCUGUUUGGCCGUUAUUGCUGGCCUCUGCAUAACCGAAUAA